CCAUAGACGCACAGCUGAAAGUGUACUGUAUUUACAUCUUUCUGAGGAAUGAUCUAUUGCACAAGAUAUACAGUGUCUCCAUCUGGCUGAGGUAUGACCCACAAAUCCAAGCUCAACAUGAACAGGGUCUCCAACAUUCCAAUAUUCAGGGUUUAAUUGUCACCAGUCAGACUGCGAUAAGCAGAGUAAUGUAGCUGACCAAGAGACACAACACAAUGACUGUUGUUAGGUUUGUUAGUCUUCUUUAUAUUGUUGUUUACCUGACUUCAUAAAGUUUUGAAACUUUUCAUUUCUUUCUUUUUCUAGCAUAUUUCAUUUAAAAGAUGGAAGUUGAUAAGAAUAUAAAUAAGAUUUUGCUUGGAGACACUCAAUACAUUCAAAAAUAUAUUAAACAAAAUCCACGGAAAAUUAACAAAACUAAUUCAUGUGGACUGACAUAUCUGAUGGCUGCCUGCAAAGUGGGCAAUAUAGAUAUUAUGAAUUUCUUAAUCAAAGCCAGAGCUGAUUUGGACAUGAAGGACGAAGAUAAUAAAACAGCUUUUGAUUAUGCUGUGGAAUGCAAUAAACGUGAUGCUGUGGCCUUUCUGAUCUCCAAGGGAAUCAAUAUUAACAAGCAGGACUUAAAAGGCAACACACCUCUCCAUACGGCUGUGAAGAAGAACUAUGUAGAUGUAGUUGAAGUCCUGUUAAAUGGCUCAGCAAACAACAUUUUACAGAUAAAUCAACAAAAUAACAAUGAUGAGACACCAUUAUAUCUGGCCAGUGCUCAUGGACACACAGAGAUUGUUGAACAUCUACUGAAACAGCCUGAUAUUAAUGUAAAUAUUGUGGAUAACGAUGGGGACACAGCACUACAUUUCGCCUGUAUGAAAGGACACCUAGAGACUGUUGAACAUCUACUGAAGCAGUCUAGCAUUAACGUAAAUGCGACAAAUAAUGAUGGUGAAACACCCAUACAUCUGGCCAGUGCUGGUGGGCACACAGACAUUCUUAAGCAUCUGUUGAAAAAGUCUGGUAUUGACGUCUGUAUGGUAGAUAAACACGGUAACACACCUCUACAUCGGGCAUGUAUAAAUGGAAAGCCAGAGACUUUUAAACUUCUACUGCAGCAAUCUGGAAUGGUCCUAUAUGUUGCGUGUGCUAAUGGACACACAGACAUUGUUCAACAUCUACUGAACAAGCCUGGUAUUGAUAUAAAUAUGGAAAACAGUGAUGGUGACACAGCUCUACACGGCGCCUGUGCAAAGGAACGCACAGAGACUGUUAGACUGUUACUGCAGCAUCCUGGCAUUAAUAACAGUAAGAUAAAUAAAUCUGGUAACACACCUCUAGAUCUGGCAGUUGUAAGUGAACAAUAUGAUGUGGUGACCUUGAUGCUGUCCCAGGUUAGUUAACAUAUACAUAUUAUAUACACUCCCUAGUAUUUUAUCGAUCUGUUCAAUAUUAAUAUCAUUGAAAAAUAUAAUAAAAUGAAGAAUUGUUGAGAUUUGAUAAGUGAGGAAUAUAUUAAUGUUAUAAACUAAUUUGAA